AUGUCGGACACUGUGCACAAACACGAAGCAGGGCAUUCAGGGCACGAACAUGUUGCGCAUUCCUGUGCCAUGAAUACUUCGUUCACCUGGGACUACGAUAAUAUCUGCGUAAUAUUCCCAUGGUGGCGCAUUCGGUCGGUGCUGUGCCUCGUGCUUAGUUGCAUAGCAAUCGCUGCAUGGGCUUACAGUUACGAAUAUAUGAAGUACUACAUCCGCAAGCACCAUAGUGGUUCGAAGGGCACGAAACUUCGCCGCUCUAUCUGGUAUGGGGCGCAGGUCAGCAUCGCUUUUUUGAUCAUGCUCAUCAUGAUGACGUAUAAUGGCUGGUUAAUGCUCAGCGUGGUCGUAGGGGCUAUUGCUGGACACUAUCAUUGGGAAAUCAAGGAAGGUGGUCUACUCGAUGUGAGUCUCGCGUGCCACUAG